AUGACAAGUAUUCCACGGAAUCCGUUACGAAGGAUCAUCCUUCCAGAUAUUCAUUCCCUUCAGCUGCCAACGAAGAAAAAUUUCGACGAAGAAGACGUCGAAAUUUGGCGGCGGACUCAAGGAUUCCGAGAUCUAAUCAUAUUUCUACGGAGACUGAACGAAGCUGUGGUUGGAAUUACAAUUCCAUGGAGCUCUAAAUUUCGUAGACAAGCUGUAUUGAGCAUGGUAACUUUGAUCGAUACCCUGGAUGGCUGGAUAGAAGAUAUCUCACCCCUCAACUCCCCACAAAGAUUGGAAGAGCAAUCAGAUAGUUUGCUAUCUCGACUGCUUCCGCCGGAGUAUAGCUCGCUUAUUCCACAUAUUAAGCCAUACUUUUUGACUUCGUUUGGAUCUUUCAUCAGAAUGGACUGUGGCACUGGCCAUGGAAUUUCCUUUGCCAUAUUCCUUAUUUGCUUAACACUUACGCGCUUUUAUGUGCCUGAAGUCGAAGAAGAACGUGAACUGGUCCUUAGAGUAUUCAUACGGCUUCAAGAUGUUUACCGUUUAGAGCCUGCGGGGAGUCAUGGCGUCUGGGGCGUAGACGAUUCACAUUUUUUGGAUUAUAUCUUUGGUAGUGGUCAAUUACAAGUGUCAGCAGUUUUUCACCCCCCUCUGCCGCCUACAAAUCUAUACUUCAUGUCGAUCAUGCGUAUUCACGAGGUCAAGCAGGGUCCUUUCCACGAGCACUCAUCCCAGUUACAUUCAAUCGCUUUGGGCGUGCCGAACUGGGGCAAAGUCAACUCUGGCCUGUUUAAAAUGUAUGAGGCUGAAGUUCUUGGUAAAGGAGUCGUGGUAUAA